CAUUCCCGCUCUCCUUCCCGAACCGCCAUUUUGAAAAUCUUGUUGAUUCUGGGGAGCGGAGCGCGCGACGCGAGCGUCACGCCAGACAGCGGCCCGCGCGCCUUCUUCUCAGCGUCGGCCGCCGCCGUCUCCCGGAGCCUCCUCGUGCCCUCGCGCGCCAGGCCCGCGGCGGCCGGGCCCCGUGGUCCACAGCAUGUCCUCCUCGGCCCCCGCUGCGGAGGGAGAGGGAACCCUCACCCAGCCCGCGUCCGAGAAGGAGCCCGAAAUGCCCGGGCCCAGAGAGGAGAGUGAGGAGGAGGACGAGGACGACGAGGAGGAGGAGGAAGAGGAAGAGAAAGAAAAGAGUCUCAUCGUGGAAGGCAAGAGGGAAAAGAAAAAAGUAGAGAGGUUGACGAUGCAAGUCUCUUCCUUACAAAGAGAGCCAUUUACAAUUGCACAAGGAAAAGGGCAGAAACUUUGUGAAAUUGAGAGGAUACAUUUCUUUCUGAGUAAGAAGAAAACAGAUGAACUUAGAAAUCUGCAUAAACUACUUUACAACAGGCCAGGCACAGUGUCCUCAUUAAAGAAGAAUGUGGGUCAGUUCAGUGGCUUUCCGUUUGAAAAAGGAAGUACCCAAUAUAAAAAGAAGGAAGAAAUGUUGAAAAAAUUUAGAAAUGCCAUGUUAAAGAGCAUCUGUGAGGUUCUUGAUUUGGAGAGAUCAGGUGUAAAUAGUGAACUAGUGAAGAGGAUCCUGAAUUUCUUAAUGCAUCCAAAGCCAUCUGGCAAACCAUUGCCAAAAUCUAAAAAAACUUCUAGCAAAGGCAGUAAAAAGGAACGGAACAGUUCUGGAAUGGCAAGGAAAGCUAAGCGAACCAAAUGUCCUGAAAUUCUGUCUGAUGAAUCUAGUAGUGAUGAAGAUGAAAAGAAAAACAAGGAAGAGUCUUCAGAUGAUGAAGAUAAAGAAAGUGAAGAGGAGCCACCAAAAAAGACAUCCAAAAGAGAAAAACCUAAGCAGAAAGCCACUUCUAAAAGUAAAAAAUCUGUAAAAAGUGCUAAUGUUAAGAAGGCAGAUAGCAGCACCACCAAGAAGAAUCAAAACAGUUCCAAAAAAGAAAGUGAGUCUGAAGAUAGUUCAGAUGACGAACCUUUAAUUAAGAAAUUGAAGAAACCUCCUACAGAUGAAGAGUUAAAGGAAACAGUGAAGAAAUUAUUGGCCAGUGCUAACUUGGAGGAAGUUACAAUGAAGCAAAUUUGCAAAAAGGUCUAUGAAAAUUAUCCUGCUUACGAUUUAACUGAAAGAAAAGAUUUCAUAAAAACAACUGUUAAAGAGCUAAUUUCUUGAGAUAGAAGACAGAGACAGAUGACUUGUUUCCAUAGAUAUCUGAUUUAUACCAUUAUACCAGCAAAGAGAAUGUAUUUCCUUUUCUAAAUCCUUGUUAAGCAUUGUUAGUAGAAUUUACUGUUGACCUUUUUAUCUUGAGUGUUAUGUAAAUUUGAGUUUGCCGUUUUAAAUUGCAUUCCUGUGCAGUUUUUAGUUUAAAAUCUUGCAUGGCAGUAAUUGUUCCUUGCUUUUAUAGUUGUAUUUUGUACAUUUUGGAUUUCUUUAUAUAAGGUCAUAGAUUCUUGGACUAUUGUGGUUUUUAGUGCACUUAAUAUUAGCUUGCUUAAGACAUACUUUUAAUCAAGUAGAACAAAAACUAUUAUAACUGGCAUUUAUACGCAGACUAUUGCAGUAUUUAGUAUAUGAACUAUUUUGAAUACAUAUCUCUUCUGUCAGUGUCUGUCAGUGUGAAAACUCAGUGGCAGUAUGUUCAUCGUAUUAAAAAUACACAAACUACAGCUAUCCAGAUGACUAAAUUGGAACUUUUCUCCUGCAUGUAUAUAAUGUCAAAUUGUCAGCAUGACAAAAGUGACAGAUGUUAUUUUUGUAUUUUUAAAAACCAAUUUGUUGUAUAUAAAGUUUUUUAUUUCUUUUGAGCAAAUCACUUUUUAAACUCACAUAGGUAGGUAUCUUUACAAUUAUAAACUAUGAAAUCUCAGUGUUCAGCCAGGUGGUGUAACAGAGCGCAGCAGUGAAGGUUCAGUGACAGGAACACUGAAGGAACAGUCUUCCUGCUUUGCCUCAAAAGUGUCAUCAAUUUGUAGUAUUAAUUCUGCAAAGCGUCUGUAGGUACAUUUUAUAUUAAGGAAAGACCAAAAUCAAUGCAUCACAGCUUCAAAAACUUUGGGAAGGGUUGGAAUUAAGCACAUCUGACUUAUUUGACAAUGAACUGAUUUUUAUUAACUGCUCUUGCCCAUAUAAAAUGCUUAUAUAUUUACAGAAAACCUGGCCAUCUUCAUAAUUAUGAUAAAAGUACCAGGUGUAGUGCCAGAAGAUAAUGUACAGGCAAUAGCAGAUAUCUCAAAAGUGAUAAGAUGUUUAUUUCUAACAUUUCUGGAAUCAGCUGUUGGGUUUUAAAUUUUGGCUAAUCAGGAUUUUAGGUAUCAACAACAAAGCAAUUGAAAGGGAAUUGAUUUUUGUCUUGGAAAUUGACUGUCUCAAUCAGUUUAUUAAGUAAUCUCUCUGAAUUUUAAAAUAACAUGCUGCUUAUGACAGAAUUAGAUACUCGAUGUACCAAUUAAGUGUUGAAAGAUAUCUUUGCAUUAUAGAACAGAAAUAUAUAAAAAUGAUAUGUUGAAUGUUAACAGGUAUUUUCACAGGUUUCACUUGCUUCUUGAUAAAGACAUUAGGGUACGGUAUACUUAAUACAAAUGAUUUUAAACUUGUUCUUAUAAACCUUGUCAAUAAAAAUAAUCUAAAUCAA